CCGCUAAUCCGCCCCUCGUUCGCUUCGUCGUGUCACGGGCGCCACUCCGCUUGCAUAAGUUUUUCCUUCGCUGCUUUUCUCGGACGCGAAUUCGCACGUCCCCCCCUUGCGGCGGGUUUAUUUUCGUUGGUGUGUUUUCUGGCGAUUUGUAAGCACCACCACCAUGCACUCAUACCCUCAUCACUGUGGUGGCAACUGACACAUUGCCGGUCACAGGUGGGACAGGUAAAGGGGGACUUCUGUUUUUAUGUCAACUGUCACAAUAAUAAAGCUACUACUGGAAAUUUGAACCUGAUACUCCAGGGGCCACAAUGUCUGACGAUGGGUAUUCGGACAGUUUGGAGGAGCCCUCCAUGGAGGUCCACGUCAAGACUCUGCUGGGCACUGUCUUUGAUAUUAAGGUCUUCCCUAGCGAUACCGUUGUGGAUAUCAAAAAGGCCAUUUGCAGGGUCGAAGGCAUCCCAAUAUACCAACAAAACCUAAUCUACCGAUCGCAAGAACUAAAAGACACUACUAGACUGUGCGACUUGGGUGUAACGGCAGGCUCCACAUUCACCCUGGUGUCCUCGAUGCGAGGCGGCCCCAUUUCCACUCGAAGAUUCUCCCUGAUGUCUUGCGAGCAUUAUUUCCUCAAGGAGCUGAAGGACCUGUUGGAGCACACCAGGGAGGGCAUGCUGCCGGGCUCCAAGGUCUCGGUAUUGGUGUUCAAAGAGGGCGACAUCAUCAACCUGUUGAGGGUGAUCGAGAACGAGGACGGGUCGUAUUCGCCUUAUAGCGACGGCCCCGUCGUUUCGCCGCCCGCGAAACCCUCGAGGAAGGAAACUGUUGAGGUGUUUCAACGGUUGGCGGAGGAUACUGAAAUGUGCACGAAAAUCGCGGCCCUACGUAAGAAAAUGGAGGAGUUGAACGUUAAGAAGCAAACGAGGAACGUGGGCGAGAAGGAGCCCAGCGGGGCUACGAAAAAAAAGAGUAAUUUCUCGUAUCGUUUGUUGGAGGAGUGCAGCGCCGAGGGGCUGCUGUGCACCCCCGAUUUGACUGUGUUUGAAAAGAAUUUAGAUGAAGGCAACCAGUCAGAAAGUGAGGAGAUCGCCCUGAAGGACAAGCACCGGACCAAACCGAAGGGGUUGCAAAGCGUCCCGGUGCCCAAAAGUAACCCCAAGUCCCUUUACAACUCCCGGAAGGGCACGUACUCUUGCACGAGACAGAAUUACGCGAAAAUCGCCAAGAGGAGGGAGCCGCGGCUUUUUGAGAAGGCCGAGAAGAAUCCUGAAGGUUAUACGUCAUACUCGAGAGACAGGACCCUGGACGCCCCGUUUGACUUGAAAAACCCCUUCGAAAGCGCGUUGCCGAGCCUAAACGGGGGACCUCAGCCCCCGAAAGAGUCCCUCGACAGCAGACUGUCGUCGGAACCUUUAGAUUCGGACCGCGGCAGUACCAACCCCUAUUUGCUAGGCGGCUUAAGCUCGAAUAACUUGUCCGAUUUAAGGAUAUUAGAUACAGAUGAUUUUUUAACGGAGGACCCGGAAUCGAUCCUGGGGCCCCAAAUAGGCGACCGCCCCUCCACGUUUCUCCCGUUACACCGAGACGGGGGCGGCGCGAAUUCCCGAUUGCUCCCGGUCGACUUGACCAGUCGAUUGAGCCAGAGCGGCACCUUUGGGCCCUUGAUGCCGCCCCCGAACAAGGGCGGCGGCUAUUCUUUGCCUACGUUAGGUGGCGAGCAGGGCGCGGUCUUCUCCAAUUUGGAAUAUUCGCUGUCCGGGGGGGCCAAGGAGGCGGCUCUUAGGGGGCCCGGGAGCCGGGGCGAGAGCCCCGUUUUGGGGGCCACGGGAGCCGCCCCCGCGUUAGAAGAGAUCGGUGCCGCCUCGAAACUGGCCGAGCUCCAGCUGCUGGACAACGAGCCGGACUUGUACCGCACCAGGAGCCAGCGGCUGCACCUCACCCGUUUGGUUUUGUCCAGCGAGGGAGCGGAGCGGCCCAAGAGCUCCCCGGACGGCAUCGAGCUGGAGGAGCACCACCGCCGGGACCUCUGGGAGAUCCACGAACCCGCCGCCGAAAGACUGAAACAUAGCGCCGCCACCUGCAAGGUGGGUCUGUUAAAGCGGCGUCAGAACGUCGAGUACACGUCGAACUACGAGGAGGGCCCCGGGGGCGGCGACCUGAAACCGGAACUGCGCGGCAAUUUGGGCGGGGGCGGCGGCGAUUUCGCCUCGAACGCCUCCGGUGAGAUCGGCGGCGGGGGCGUGUGCUCGGGCAGCACCAACUACUUUGUGCCGCACGCGCAGUACUUGUCCGCCCCCAGUGCCAUUCCGCCCCAAUACGCGCCGAAGCACCACUCGAAGUACUGCGAUUUGUUUUUUAGUAGGAGUAACGCGGAACCGCCCCGGUCGCCCUUGUACAGUAGGAGGAAUAGGAAAGAAAAUUUAGAAAUUAGUGAAGAAACGAGUACGAAAUGCCCCAAAACUGGCGUAAACUUGGAAGCGGACUGUUCUAGCAUACAGAGAUUAACGAACGACGACAUACUCGGAUUGAGGGACGAAUUUAGCGCCGAGGAUCUGUUCGGUUAUUAUAAUUUAGGCUGUGCGGCUGACUUGUUGGAAAAGGUAGAAGAAAACAAUAAUAGUACGAAAAGUAAGGAAUCGAUAAAGCUACCGCCUGUGAUAAAGAAAAAGUCGCGCUGUAACGAGUGCAACAAACGUCUGAACAUUACGAACAUUUAUAAUUGCCGGUGCGGCAGGAUAUUUUGUUCGCAACACAGAUAUUCGGAGGUUCACAGAUGCACCUACGACUACAAGACGGAGGGCAGGAAGAUCCUGGAGCGACAGAACCCGUUAGUUACCGCCGAUAAGAUUCAGCGGUUCUAAACCAGUAAUACCACUUAUUUACUAGUAAAUAAAAACACAUAUGAAGAGUG